CUUCAAACUUCAAAGUCUUAUUUAUUAUUAUUAUUAUUAUUUUUCUUUUUGAAUUUAGAUAUUCCAACCCCACCCCCAACAAUUGUCUUCGGCUAUUGCUUCCUCAAAGACCCCCUUUCUGCCCCCUCCCUUUCUCUCUCUACAUUUCCUUUUUGGGUUCUUGGGAGUUGGGACUGUAGAACCCUUCAAUGGCGACUUGGAGAUCAAUGGCGCUCCUCUUCCUCUUCCUCCACCUUCUACCUUUAGCUGCCAUGGCUGACAAAGAUGCUUUUGUAGGUUUCAACAUAGGGACCGCCCUCUCCGACAUGCCCAGCCCAACUCAGGUGGUGGCCCUUCUCAAGGCCCAAAAAAUCUUCCACGUCAGACUCUACGACGCCGACCAAGCCAUGCUCCUCGCCCUUUCCGGCACCGGAAUCCGCGUCACCGUUUCCGUUCCAAACCAACAGCUCCUCGCAAUCGGCCAAUCCAAUUCCACCGCCGCCAAUUGGGUGGCUCGUAACAUCCUCACCCACGUCCCCGCCACCAAUAUCACCGCCAUAUCAGUCGGUUCCGAAGUCCUCACCGCCAUCCCCAACGCCGCCCCAGUACUCGUCUCCGCCCUAAAAUACAUCCACGCCGCCCUCGUCGCCGCCAGACUCGAUUCCCAUAUCAAAGUCUCCACCGCCCAUUCCUCCUCCAUCAUCCUCGAUUCCUUUCCACCAUCUCAAGCCUUCUUUAACCGAACAUGGGACCCAGUAAUGAUUCCAUUACUUGAAUUCCUUCAAUCCACGAAAUCUUACCUCAUGCUUAACGUCUACCCGUAUUACGAUUACAUCCAAUCCCGCGAUGCUAUUCCGUUGGACUACGCCCUAUUCCGCCCUCUCCCACCAAACAAAGAAGCAGUCGAUUCCAACACCCUUUUACACUACACCAAUGUAUUCGAUGCCAUUGUCGACGCUGCUUAUUUCUCAAUGUCGUACUUAAACUUCACGAACAUUCCGAUCGUGGUGACGGAAUCAGGAUGGCCAUCAAAAGGCGAUUCCAACGAACCAGAUGCCACUCUCGACAACGCCAACACAUACAACAGUAAUCUAAUCAAACAUGUUAUAAACAACACCGGGACACCAAAACACCCAGGGGUAGCUGUCAGCACGUUCAUCUACGAGCUUUAUAAUGAAGAUGCAAGAUCGGGGGUGGUUUCAGAGAAGAAUUGGGGGGCUUUUUGA